CGGAGACGCUCCAUCAUUCACAGGCGCUCCAUCACUCUGGAGGUGCUCCAUCAUUCACAGGAGCUCCAUCGCUCCGGGGACACUCCAUCAUUCACAGGCACUCCAUCGCUCCAGAGGUGCCCCAUCAUUCACAGGCGCUCCAUCGCUCUGGAGGUGCCCCAUCAUUCUCAGGCGCUCCAUUGCUCCGGAGGUGCUCCAUCAUUCACAGGCGCUCCAUCGCUCCGGAGGUGCCCCAUCAUUCACAGGCGCUCCAUCGCUCCGGAGAUGCUCCAGCACUCAUGAGGCAACCCUUCAGCGCUCGUGACAUGCAAGGCAACUCUUCAGUGCUCGUGACACACUCCAUCGCUCAUGAGAUGGCGCUCCGUUGUUUGUGAGAUGCUGCACCACUUGUGAAACAAUGCUCCACUCAAGCUUGUGAGAUGCUCCAGCACUUGUGACACAGCGCUUCAGCUCUCAUAACGUGCUCCAUUGUUUGUGAGCCAGCACUGCACCGCUUGUGAAGCAAUGCUCCACCGCUUGUGAGAUGCUCCGGCACUCAUGAGACAACACUCCAUCACUCGCGAGGUGCUCCAUCACUUGCCAGAUGCUCCACCACUCAUGAAACAACGCUCCGCCACUUGCGAGAUGCUCCACCACUCCUCGCAGGCAUUCCCACGAUCACCGUGGGGAAGGGACAAGGGGCUACGUGGCCCUGCCGAGGGAUGACGUGCUUGAGGUGCAGGCGUGGGCAGCCCCCCGGGAUGCCGUUUGCGGAGCAGCUGGUGCAGACAGACGGUGCUUCCUGGCCGCCUGCUGCACCGGGGGAUGGCAGGGCGGGCUCUGGGCACUGAUAUAUGUUUAGGACGAUCUGAGCGAUAACAAAGUUUUUCAUCUGGCUGCCUGCAGCUCCCGCUGCACCGCCCCUGCGGCUGCGGGGAGGGGUAUGGCCCUCGCAGGUCCCCUGGGUGCCGUGGGAAGCGCUGGCUCCUCAGCUGUGCAGAGAGAGUCGCAGACGCCGCUGGGACCGCUGGCGAGGCACGGUUGCACUCAGAUGGGGCUCCGGCUCCCGCUGCGCCGGAGCGCCAGCUUCACCCCUGACCACCCUGCCCUCAUGGAGAUGCCCGGCCCCACCACCCUGAAGAUGGAAGCAAACGUCCUCGUUAUGGGAGCAGACAACGUGGGGAAAUCAGCUCUGACUGUGCGUUUCCUCACCCGGCGCUUUAUUGGGGAGUACGGAGACAUGGAAUUUAUCUAUAGCCACAACCUGACCGUGGACGGCCGAGAGAUUCUCUUCCACAUCUGGGAUGUCCCCAAUUCCCAGGAGCAGGCAGAGGAGGGCUCCUCAGAGGAGAAGCGAAUCCAGUGGGCAGACAGCUUUGUCCUAGUCUACAGCAUCUGUGACCGUGCCAGCUUCAAUAUCUUACCCCUCAAAAUCCAGUUCAUCAAGGCGGCCAAGGAGGGGCAGAGCCAGGAGAAGGUGCCCAUCGUCAUUGUGGGCAACAAACGUGACCUGCACCACCAACGGGUGGUGUCCAGUGAGGAGGGUCGGCUCCUGGCCCUCUCUUUAGAUUGUGGUUUCUACGAGGUCUCUGCAGCUGAGGCUUAUCACGGGGCCCUCAUGGUCUUCCAUGGGCUGGCCGAACGCAUCCCUGACACCAAACUGGCACUGAAAAAGGGUACGGGGAUCCGUGGCAUCGUCAAGACCAUGUCAGCUGUGUUUGCCCGUAAGCGAACGGAUUCGCUCUGAGAUAUAUCCUGGGUGUUGCUUCUCUCCACACUGCCAGCUGGACUGAGCCUCCUCCCUGGGUGCCCAUGGAGAUGGUGUGUGCUUCCAUAAGUACGGUGGGUUCCUUGCUGCCCUCCUAACCUCAGGGUCUGGGUCUCCUGCCAUACAUGGCCACUGCAGCUGAGGACUGUAGUGCCUUCCUCUGCUCCCUCCUGUAGAGCUCUUGGCUCUGUGGUGGAACAGGUAGCGGGGCAAGGUCUCUACUCUUUGCUAUAGAAGACUUUUAGGUGCCUCCCGCUUUCUCCUUCCGUCCUCUAAUGCUGGAAACCACCAGGUGAUCUUGCCACUGCUCCAGGCAGCAUCAUCCCCAGCGCCUUCGGUGGGAGCUGCCCGGGCUGUCAGUGAGCAGGGAGGGCACGCUGCUUCUGCAUGGCCACCCAGCUCAGUGUCACUCCCUCCUACCGUGUUUAAUGCUCAUCGGGGUCCUCUCUGGUAACCCUGGAGCACCCACGAGCUGGUAAUGUGGGGGUUUCUCCACCAGGGAGCACCAGCAGUUCCCAUGUGUGCAUCACCGUGUCCGAGUGUCCCAGAGCCUGUGGCACCCACUGGCCCCCGAGGACCUCGGUUAGGUCCCCAUCCCACCCACUUUGCUUUUGAGCCAUCCUGCUUGCGCUCCUCUCUCCCGCAGCCUUUCAGCGACAGUAGCAGUUUCCCCUG